GAGUACAGGGAUGCUAUAUCACAAACACCACUGAUACCAGACAUGAAUACUAUUAGUACCGUAACCAGUAAAGUCGUGAGACCCGUCGUCAAAUACACACAGGAGACGUUAACACGGGGUCUACAGUCAAUGACUCAAAACAAUGGGCAGAUAACAUCCGCCACAGGGACCCCGCCCCCCUCUGCUGGCAUGUUGAGGGCGUGGCAAACGCUACAGGAGGAUAGCUGGGUCACCACCCAACGUCAUUUGAGACCCCAACCCACGGAAACAUUCAAUACGAUGUCGGCCGAGAGAAGUAUACUAGGAUCAAGGAAUCUCGGUCUUUUUGAGAAAAAUUCGAAUUCCGAGGAUGUGCAAUCCAGCAUUCGAGCACUGUUGAAAGGAUUUAAAUUUGACUAGAGGACAGUGUGGUAUCUACUCAGGCUUCCACAUGGAUCUUCCAAGGAUUCCACAUUGAUAUCCCCGUGGUUCCACAUUGGUAUCCCCGGGGUUCCGCGUUGAUCUUCCUAGUAUUCCACAUUGAUAUCCCCGGGGUUCCACAUGGAUCUUCCAAGGAUUCCACAUUGGAAUCCCCGGGGUUCCGCGUUGAUCUUUCCGGCAAAGGACAUUGAUCUUCACAAUAUUCCAUAUUGAUCUUCUCAGGAAUUACACAUGAAUAUUCCCAGGAUUCCACAGCGAUUCUCCCAGGAUUCCCCAGUGCAGGCUCCUAGACUCUGAAGUAAUAUGAAUAUUGACAGUAUCAUUGGUGAAGAUUGUGGCUGAAAUACUGAUUUGAAUUAAAUGAAUUCUUGUUUAGGUUGUAAGGUAUGGAAUCGAAAAAAUGUUUGUUAUGUAUGAAAAUGUCUGUGUUGUAUUGAGAGUAAAUUAUUUUAAGUUGUGAAUGGAAUGAUUGUUAUUGACAUUUGUCGUUAUUUAUUUGCAUAGACUGAUAACACUUUAAAUGUAGAACUCCCCGAUGUUAUAAUAUAAUAAUUAAGUUGGAAGGAAUGAUUUUGAUGAAAGGAGUCCUAUGUGUCAAUAGGUUGUGAUGGAGUAAACAAAAUGGCCGAUUAUGUUGUGUUUGUUAUUGUUCAUAAAACGAUUGUAAGAAAAUGUAAAUAAAUUGUAAUGAAAUAUAA